AUGGAUCCAAGGAAGGGACAGGCCCAGUGGCAGCAGCAGCAGGGAGGAGGCGGAACGUUUGGAAGCUUCCAGCAACAGUCAGGUCAGGGCGUUCAGCAGCAAGGCCAACAGCAAAGACAACAGGGGGGGCAGGGUUGUUCUUAUUCCUACUCCUCCGCCUACUCCAGCGGACCUGGGGGUGAAUACGGGCAGGCGGACUUUUCACAGGACAAGGGGAGUGGUGGCGUGGAGCAUCAUCACGUUUCGUGGGGUCCUGGACAGGAGCCGCAGCACCAUCACUUCUCUACUCAGGGCCAGCAACAGGGAGGCCAGCAACAGGGCGGCCAGCAACAGGGCGGCCAGCAACAGGGAGGCGAGCAAGGGAUGCCAGAAGAUCUGGCAGCUCUGCAGCAGGCGAGGAACGCAGUGCAGAUGGACUCAAUCCGUGCUGUUCAGGGCCUGCAUCAAAGAGCGGGACGGCUGGCACACCAUGAGGCACCACGAGGGGGAGAGAAGUAG